UUUUUUUUUUUUUUUUUUUUUUUGGGGGGGGGGUAGGGGUGUGUAGAGAGCGCUUUGCCUUUGGAGAAGGAGCCGCGAGGGAAGAGGCUGCCGCUCUCCUGCCCCCGCCGUGCGCGCAUGUGUGUGUGUGCGCGUCCAUCUCCCCCCCGCCUCGCAAAAGUUUGCCUCGGCGGCCGGGGGGCUCCCGGGCCGCCGCCCCCGCAGCCGGAGGACGCGGCGGCGGCGCGGCGGUGCGGCGGCGGCGGCGCGGGACUUGCGCGCCGCGCGGGACUUGCGCGCCGCGCCAUGCCGGCGGCGCAGGGAGCUGCUGCGCGGCGCUGCGCCUUGGCGGGGCUGCUGCUGCUGUUGCUGCCGCCUGCAGCCGCGGGGACCGAGGGCAAGGCGCGGAGCUGCGGGGAAGUGCGGCAGGCGUACAGCGCCAAGGGCUUCAGCCUGGCCAGCGUGCCCUACCAGGAGAUCGCAGGGGAACAUUUGAGAAUCUGCCCUCAGGAAUAUACAUGUUGCACCUCAGAAAUGGAGGACAAGUUAAGCCAACAGAGCAAGCUGGAGUUUGAAAACUUGGUGGAGGAGACAAGUCAUUUUGUACGCACCACUUUUGUAUCCCGGCACAAGAAGUUUGACGAAUUUUUCCGAGAACUUCUGGAGAAUGCAGAAAGAUCCUUAAACGACAUGUUUGUCCGGACAUAUGGCAUGCUGUACAUGCAAAACUCUGAGGUGUUCCAGGACCUCUUCACAGAGCUGAAGCGGUAUUACACAGGAGGCAAUGUGAACUUGGAGGAAAUGCUGAAUGAUUUCUGGGCUCGGCUGUUGGAACGGAUGUUCCAGCUUAUAAACCCCCAGUACCAUUUCACAGAGGACUACCUGGAGUGUGUAAGCAAGUACACAGACCAGCUGAAGCCGUUUGGAGAUGUACCAAGGAAGCUGAAGGUUCAAGUGACUCGAGCGUUCAUUGCUGCACGGACCUUUGUUCAGGGACUGACAGUGGGCAGAGAGGUUGCAAACAGAGUAUCCAAGGUGAGUCCCACCCCAGGGUGCAUCCGGGCGUUAAUGAAGAUGUUGUACUGCCCUUACUGCAGAGGACUUCCCACUGUGAAACCUUGCAACAACUAUUGCCUCAAUGUAAUGAAGGGCUGCCUAGCAAAUCAGGCUGAUUUGGAUACUGAGUGGAAUCUGUUCAUAGAUGCUAUGCUUCUGGUAGCGGAGAGAUUAGAGGGACCAUUCAACAUUGAAUCAGUCAUGGAUCCUAUUGAUGUCAAGAUUUCUGAAGCCAUCAUGAACAUGCAAGAAAACAGCAUGCAGGUGUCGGCAAAGGUUUUCCAAGGAUGUGGCCAACCUAAACCAGCACCUGCCCUGAGAUCUUCCCGUUCUGUCCCUGAAAACUUCAACACCAGAUUUAGACCAUAUAACCCAGAGGAGCGACCUACGACUGCUGCUGGCACAAGUUUGGAUAGGCUGAGGACUAUCUGGAGGACAAUGCAACAUGGUGUAACAGACAUUAAAGAAAAACUAAAGCUCUCUAAAAAGUUCUGGUCAACUUUACCCUACACAAUCUGCAAGGACGAGCGAGUGACAGCUGGUCCGUCAGUCGAGGAGGACUGCUGGAAUGGCCACACCAAGGCGAGAUACUUGCCUGAGAUUAUGAAUGAUGGCUUGACCAACCAGAUCAACAAUCCAGAGGUAGAUGUGGACAUCACAAGGCCAGACACCUUCAUUCGACAGCAAAUCAUGGCCUUACGUGUCAUGACUAACAAACUGAAGAAUGCAUAUAAUGGAAAUGAUGUCAACUUCCAGGAUACAAGUGAUGAAACCAGCGGCUCAGGCAGUGGGAGUGGCUGUACGGAUGACAUCUGUCCCACCGAGUUCGAUUUCAUCACCACCGAAGCACCACUGGUCGACUCUGACAGGAGGGAGGUGGAGGCUUCAGCCACGCAGCCUGGCUGGUCACUGCAGACGUUGCUUCUCGCCUUCAUCAGUCUCGUACUGCAGAGACAGUGGAGAUAAUCCUGGAUCUGAUCAGAGAAACUGUGUUUUAGCUACAGAAACAGGCAACUUUCUUCUUUUCUUAUACUCUUGGACAACAGACCAUGCCACAAACACUUGCAGUUUUCUACGAGAAGAGAGCAGUACUGCAACCUGCUUCCAGUUUUUGUUUUCCCAAAGAGUACCAGGUACCAGACUGAACUGCUUCCUGUUUUUUUCAGAUAUCUCUGAAGAUUAUAUCCAUCCUUGGGAGAAUUCUUUCUCAAACCUUUAUUACAGGAGACUUUCUGAGCUUCAUUUCCUUUUAUGCUGCAAAAGUAAAAAAGGAUCUUACAGUGUCUGUUUUCCCCUAACGAGAAAAAAGAGGGGGAAAGAAACCAAGAAAACGGUUCUCUUUCUGAAUCAGGCCUGACUCAAGGCUGCUGCAUUGCAACAGAUAUCAACAAAACAAAACAAACAAACAAACAAAAAGAGACAAGAAAGGAACAAAAAAAA